CUUAAAACUUCGUCGACUACGUUGUUCUUGUAGGCUUGUACCUUCCCCCAUUUCUUCUUGAAGCUCACCAUUUGGCGCGCACUCGGACGAGCGAUACGUCCGGCGAAGUAUCAAUCAAUCCUACAGCGAAAACCCAAAAGCAAGAAAAAAAUCUUUCUUGACUCUUAAAUUACGGGCUGGAGGCGAGGCAUUCCGACUCGGGCGAUUCGCACGAUGGCGAUGCUCAGGUCCAAGUCUGCCUCCGUUUUCCUUCAUCUUCCCCUCCUUUCCUGAGAUCCGUAAAAGCAAAGUAAAUUGAUACGAAUUAGUUCCCGCGACACCCGCAAUCGUAGGAUUUUACGAAUUGAGGGUUACUCAAUUUCGGUUUUGCGGGGAUAUUUGGGUUCCGUUGCUGGAUCUGAUUACGUAAGGUCGUUGCUGUUAGUGUGAGGAGGAGCAGAAAGUGUGGAAAGCGAGAUGGAGAGUGUAGAGAAGAUGGAUAUUGAGCUCAAUGAGCAAGGCCUUGAUGGUUCACCAGUGUGUGUGAAAAAGAUGCACUUAUUUGAGCAUAUUGGGCCAUUGGCUGCUUCUGCACAGUCAUAUGGCCCCAAGAGAACUCAUAGUAGAGUUUUGAUGAGUAUCUAUAUUGUCAUAUUCAAAGCGAGAAUCAACGUUUUGGUGCCUUUUGGACCUUUAGCUGUGGUUCUUCAUUACCUUACAGGAAAACAUGGAUGGGUUUUCUUUUUCAGCCUUGUAGGUAUAGUACCUUUAGCUGAGCGCUUAGGUUAUGCAACCGAGCAACUAGCAUACUAUACUGGGCCUACUAUUGGAGGUCUUUUAAAUGCUACUUUUGGGAAUGCUACUGAAAUGAUCAUAUCUAUUUAUGCUUUAAAAAAUGGGAUGAUUCGUGUUGUACAGCAAUCUUUACUGGGAUCAAUAUUGUCGAAUAUGCUCUUAGUUCUAGGCUGUGCUUUUUUAAGUGGUGGGAUUGUGCAUUCCAACAAAGAUCAGGUUUUCAACAAGGCUGCUGCUGUGGUAAACUCAGGGCUAUUGCUGAUGGCUGUGAUGGGUUUAAUGUUCCCAGCAGUUCUUCAUUUUACACACUCAGAGGUUCAAUAUGGGAAAUCUGAAGUGGCUCUAUCAAGGUUCAGCAGUUGUGUCAUGCUUGUGGCAUAUGCUAGCUAUCUUUUUUUUCAACUCAAGGGUCGGCACAACCUCUAUAGUCCAAUUGAUGAGGAAGAGAAUCAGAAUGAUGAUGUUGAUUCUGAUGAAGAAGACGCACCUGAGAUAACUUUGUGGGAAUCGAUAGCAUGGCUUGCUGUUUUGACUGCUUGGGUUUCUAUUCUUUCUGGAUACCUUGUUGAUGCCAUAGAGGGCGCAUCUGAAGCAAUGAGCAUGCCAGUGGCAUUUAUCAGUGUUAUUUUGCUUCCUAUUGUAGGAAAUGCUGCUGAGCAUGCAAGUGCCAUAAUGUUUGCCAUGAAGGACAAGCUAGAUAUCACUUUGGGGGUUGCAAUAGGAUCGUCUACUCAGAUAUCAAUGUUCCUGAUUCCUUUCUGCGUGGUAAUUGGCUGGAUCAUGGGAAAGGAGAUGGACUUGAAUUUUCAGUUGUUUGAGACUGCUAGUCUGUUCAUCACAGUACUUGUCGUUGCUUUCAUGCUGCAGGAAGGUACCGCCAACUAUUUCAAGGGGAUGAUGCUUAUCCUAUGCUAUCUUAUUGUUGCUGCAAGUUUCUUUGAGCAUAUCGAUCCUACUGUCAAUGAUAAUUAGAAUUCAAUCACCAAUCCAUCCAGCCAGUUGCAGCACGUAGGCAAGAAGCCAUUGCCUUCCACAAAUAACAAAAAAGUUUCCAUCUGCAAAACUGGAUACUUUUAGUGGUUUCUGAAUAUUUCCCCCUAAGGUAGCCUUGAAGCUUGAUCAGCACAAAGGAAUUAAAUAGCAGUGUAUCUGCUUACCAUCUCCACAUCAUUUUUGCUGGGAGAUGUUUUUUGGAAUUUAUCUACAGCAGGGUGGUCUUCUACUGCCAUUUUCAUUUCUGGAAGCUGGUUUUACAUUGAACAUUUUAAGGAUUUUUCAGAUGAAUAAAAAGUCGAGAGAUCCAGUGUUGUAUUCAGAAAUGAUCAGAUCAUUGAUCAUGUACACUAAAAAUUUGUCUUUUUUUACCUGCAUCUUGUAAUGUAAUCCUACUUCUAAGCUGUGGAAGGAAACUGUAAACUUAAACCCAACUCUUCAAUACUGGGUGCCUUGUUCAUUAUGGUAGAUAGAAUUUGAU